AUGCCUUCCAAAAGGCCAAUAGAGUCAGUUGAGGCGGCGAAUGCACAGGCAGCAACGCACAGGAAAUUUAACGCCUGGCAACAGCCGGGCCCUGCAGCUUAUGACUUCCGCAGCGAUGUCAUGACCACACCGACCGCCUCGAUGCUGGACGCCAUAUCCAAUACUACCCUUCAGGACGACGUCUUUCUCGAGGACACAACCACGAUCGACCUCGAGGCCCACGUUGCAGCGCUGGCAGGCCAUGAAGCAGCAUUGCUCGUCAUGUCAGGGACCAUGGGCAACCAAGUUGCACUACGGACACACCUCACCCGGCCGCCACACUCGGUAUUAGCCGAUAUUCGAGGGCACAUCGUCAACUAUGAAGCUGGCGGGGUUUCGUCCAUCUCCAACGCUAUGGUGAUUCCAAUCCACCCGGGAAACGACCACCAUCUCACCCUCGAAGACAUCAAGAAGCAUGCCAUCCUGUCCGAUGACGUGCAUGCCUGCCCCACUCGUGUCAUCUCCCUAGAAAACACUCUCGAUGGAGUCAUCAUGCCACUCGACGAAGUCCGAAGGAUCGCCUCCUUCGCGCGACAACACAGCAUCAAACUCCACCUCGACGGCGCCCGACUAUGGGAAGCAGUCGCCGCCGACGCGGGCUCUCUAUCGGCGUACGCCACUCUGUUCGACAGCGUUAGCCUAUGCCUCAGUAAAGGUCUCGGGGCACCCAUUGGCAGCGUGAUCGUGGGCUCGAACGCCUUCAUCACCCACGCACGCAGGAUCCGCAAGAUGUUCGGCGGCGGCACUCGACAAGCAGGCGUGAUCUCAGCCGCGGGCCGCGUGGCCGUUGACGAGACGUUCGGACAAGGACCGAAGGGCAUCGGCGGCAAACUGCGAGACAGUCAUGCCCGCGCCCGCGCCAUCGAAGCCACUUGGACCAAGAAGGGCGGCGUGCUCGCCAAACCGGUUGAGACAAACAUGGUUUGGCUGGACAUUGGUCACGAGGGCUUCUCCCAAGAGGAUUUUGCGGAAGUGGCGGCUUCGCAAGGCUUGAAGGCUAGGGGAGGCCGGCUUGUCAUCCAUUAUCAGAUCAGCGACGACGCGGUACGCAAGCUCGAGGCCGUCAUGGACGAGGUGCUCGAGCAGGGCAAGAGGCGCCGUACAGAGGCCCAACAGGCGUCUAGCGGACAUUAG